GUUUGUAAACAACAGCCGUGGGUGGCCCAGACAGGUGAGCGGCGGGAGGCGAACCAAAACACUUGGCUGCGACAUUACGGCACUGCCUGGCAAACUGUUCUCGUUUACCAUCAUAUGCAAAUAUAUGAAGUUAAUGCCAUGACUCGCUGGGUGUGGUAGUGAGUGCAGGGCAAGGAGGCUCGGGCGGCCCCGCGGGGCAGGCGGGCCGCGGGGCAGAACAGCUGUGGCGGCAGUGCUGGCCCCGACGUGUUGGCGGCGGCUGUGUGGCGGCCUGGACCACGGGGCACCAUGGGGGACAAGGCGGGCAUGGCCACGCACCCUCCCGUCUCGGAGGCUGAACUUUCGUCCCUGAAGGCAUUGUCCUUCAGAGACUACCUCAAGUCAGAGCUUCGUCGCGGUUACCUCCUUGAAAAUGAUGAGGAGAGGUACACAGCACGUCGGGAAAAAGUCUACACCUUCUUCAAAAUUCCGAGGGAGAUUGAGAAGUUUGUUGCGUACGGCUUCUUCCAGUGUGCGGACUCCUUCUUCUUUGUCUUCACCUUCCUGCCGAUCAGAUUCACCUUGGCCAUAUGGUCUCUCUUGACUCGGCCCGUCAGAAAAGUAUUUGGAUUAUACUUCAGCAAAAAUCGGAGGAUAUUAAAGCCUGCAGAAAUCGUUGAUCUGCUGAAGGGCGUGAUGGUGCUGGUGUGCUGCUACCUGAUGGGCUACAUAGACACGUCCGUCUGCUACCACAUUAUCAAGACACAGUCAACCAUAAAGCUCUACCUCUUCUUCAACAUGCUGGAGAUUGCUGAUCGGUUGAUGUCAGCAUUUGGCCAAGACACUUUGGACGCCCUGUUCUGGACGGCUACAGAACCUCGGGGAAGGAAGCGGGAGCAUUUUGGUGUUCUCUUCCACCUUCUCGUUGCUAUUGCCUACGUGGCUCUGCAUUCUACCAUCGUGCUGCUGCAGGCCCUCACUCUUAACGUGGCCAUCAACUCCGACAACAAAGGUCUUCUGACCAUUGUCAUCUCCAACAAUUUUGUGGAACUAAAAGGUGCAGUGUUCAAGAAGUUUGACCGGAACAACUUACUGCAGAUCUCCUGCAGUGAUGUGCGUGAAAGGUUCCACAACUGUGUGUUGCUGCUGGUGGUUGUUAUCCAGACCAUGAAGGAGUAUGCCUGGAAGGAGGAACGUCUGUGGAUCCUCCUUCCAGACUGCCUCUUGGUCUGUGGAACAGAAAUCCUUGUAGACUGGCUGAAGCACGCCUUCAUCACCAGGUUCAAUGACAUCCCGGCAGAUGCUUACAAAGACUACACAGUCCUGCUGGCAUCAGAUCUCAUCAUGUGCAAGCAAAAAUAUGCAUAUUCCGACCACAGUGAUCUGGUAGCAAGGCGCAUGGGUUUCAUCCCCUUACCUCUUGGAGUGGUUAUGUACCGCAUCCUGAGCCAGUCCAUCCGGCUCACCAGUCCUGGUUCAUACCUUGUGCUGGCAGUGGGAUUCCUCUGCCUCCUCUCUUUCAGGGUCUUAAAUGGUAUAAUCAUCCUGGGAAAAGCGUGUGACCUCAUCGAAGGGGCUGAGAAGCGCCGUGCAAGAAUGGAAUCCACAUCAGACAACACCGAGAAGUCCAGCAAAGUCAGUGAAAAGGGCAAUGCGUCUUCUGCCGGCUCCAAAGAAACACUCAAGGUGGAGGUGGCAACAAGUCCCAUCCGAGGCUGGAGCAUGCCACCACAGACUCUUGCCUCAGGGGAAAGAGUACAGGUAAAAAGACAGUCUCUGGAGGUCUCUACUUCUGUCUCAGCUUCUACUUCUAUAGUCUCUACUCCUUCACCCUCAGAUCUUCAUGUCAGAAGUAACUCCCUUGACUUCCUGGGAGAGUCCAAGAAAGGGCUAAUGGCAAAUAGCAUGGUUAAUCUGUCCAGUGUAGGCAUCAAUGAGGGGCCCUUUACUCACGAUGCCUCGAGGCAGUACCGAUUGCAGCACUCCCUGGAAAGCAUUGUGUCUGCGGACAACUCGGAUGGGGGAGAAUCUGGCUCUGAGCUCCAGUCCUCCAUGACACAAACACCACAGAAUAAUGUGAUCUCUCAAACUGAGCAGGCAGAGCGCAUCCAGACAGUGUCCCCGGUUCCGUCUGCACCCAGAGAGGAGCAGGGCAGCGGGAUGGAGGGUGCUGCGUUAAAUGUAUCAAGUGAAGCUCAAAAGUGCAAAAGAUACCCAUUUGUUUCUUGUGAUUCCCUGAGGUACAGAGGCUCCACGGAUGGUGAUAUACUGUGAUCAUUUUCUACAUGACUUUUUAAUGUAAGUAUUGUAAAGAAUGCUGUAGAAUAGUUUGAGCAAUUUUUUCAAAGUUGUGAUUGCAAGAGCAUAAGGGAAGUCUAUCCUGAAAUUAUGAUUUUUUUAUCAUAAAGAGUUACUAUAUAAGUGCUUGAAAAUAGUGCAUCAUUUUUAUGUAUAUGUAUAAAAUAUAUCUAACUACGAUCGAAGUCAUGAAUGUUGUAUGAUAUUUGAUAUAGUAUUAUAAAAUGCUUAUAAUUAUCUUUUGUACAAAUUCCCAUAAUCCUAAAUUAAUAUAUCAUGUUUUUAUUGCUGUUCACCAGCAUUGUGACUUUGUCUUUUACAUGUUAUUGUUAGUCGUCUAUCAAGUUAUGAUAGAAGUCUUUUAAGCCAGUACAACAUUUUGAUAGGGGUAUUUUUACGAUAAGUGUUUGGUUAGGUAUGCAAAGAUGUGCAGUGAUAAUAAAUAAAUAAAUGAAGGAAUGUAUAUAUAAAGUGGGGUAUGCAAUAAUGAACACACUUGUAGUAGCAUUCAUUUUGUUUAAUUCGAAAUAGCAUAGAUUGAAACACGUGUUAUGAGUAACCCAUUCCAGGCCCACAGCCAAGACCAAAGUUGCCUCAGCAUGGCAAAGACUGGUUUUAUCAAUGUGCCCAUAUCUCUUUUUGUUGUCAUAUAUGGUUUCAGCUAACCCUUAAACCUCUUGGAAAGCCAUCGGAAACAACUUGGAGAUCAAAAGUGUACUGCCACUAGCGCCUAGGCAGCACAAAUCUUCCUGUGGCUCGCCUCAGUUGAAACCCAAAAGGAAUGUUAACGCUCUUUCCUACGGGGAGGCUUUACCCUGCAACCCUCCUUAUCAUGGACACUUAGAGACAGAUGAAUAUAUAUAUCUAAAAUCCUAUAGGGGACUCCCUCAAUCCCCUUUUGUUUGCUCAAUUUAGUGUCCUGGGUGUUUGGGUUUGCACUCACAUUUCAUCUCUAUUUUUACUCUUGUUUUGGUCCUUAUUCUGUUUCCUAUGGUUUUCCAAAAUGUUUGAAGGUUAGUAGAAGACAUUUCUGACAACAAAAGAGUAGUUCACUGUCAUGUGUGCCGUAGGGUGUGAGGAGAGGCUGGCUGGGACGCAUAUUGGGCUUGAAAGCCUUCAGGGGGCACCUGAGGAACAUGGAAAGGGGCAAGCAGGAAAGCAGGAGGCUGAACUGCUAUAGAUUCCCCUCACCUCUGCACUUUUUAUUUCUUCCAUGUACAAAUGUUGACUUAGCCACACCAAGCCCAACAGAUCUGCCACACUUUUCCACCCUUGCUUUGCAAUUAUUUUAUUAAUUUUUAAGAUAAUCAACUUUAUCCCUCUAUAUGGCCAGUUCUUAGCUAAAGUUAUUUUACACAAUAAUUGCAAAAAAAUUGGUAUAUUUACUACUAAAGACAAAAAUAUAUAGAUACAUAACUGCAUGGCUGAACCUCAGAAACAUUAGAAGACAUGGUGCCCACGCACCACAGGCUCAGCGCGUCCCCGGACGAUAUUCCUCCACCUUCGUCGUAGCAUUUUUAUUCAUUGUAGCGUCUCAAUUUUAUCAAAUAAACAUUUGUUAUAGCAUAAUUCAUAGUAACAUCUGUUCAUUGAAGCAUACCCCACUGUGGGUUUUAUAUAUAUAUAUAUAUAUAUAUAUAUAUAUAUAUAUAUAUAUAUAUAUAUAUAUAUAUAUAUAUAUAUAUAUAUAUAUAUAUAUAUAUAUAUAUAUAUAUAUAUAUAUAUAUAUAUAUAUAUAUAUAUAUGUAUGUAUGUACGUAUGUAUUCUAUGUAUGGUAGUAGCAGUCGGGCUACUGGACAAACCUAGUCAAGGGUAUAAUCUAUGCCCAAGGAGACACCUAACCUAAACUGUUUAUGUUCAUAGAGAGAAUCAGUGCUAUGUAAUUUUUGGGGUUUGCAAGUUUCAUGCUAAUUUAGUUCUGAAGGCAUAAUGCAAAACUCAUGAAUCGUGAAACUUACUGUAUUGAUUAAAUGUUAAUAUGAUAUAGCACACUGGAGUGUGCUGUAUAAAAAAAUUACCCCAACAAAUGAGUUGAAAAAUGGCAAGAUGUGCAGGGAAUAUUACAAGACACCAUGACUAGUACAGCUUUAACAGCAGUGAUAUACCAUUCCCAAAGGUAUAGAUAUAUCAUUAAUCAGUUCUUAGAAAUAAUAUAUUCAUACACUCAUAAUAUAUAAUAAUAUACGGUACAUUUAUCCAAGUGAGUCCAAUAAUAGAAACUGUUAUACCUAGUGCUGAAUUCAGUACUAGAGCUUUGUUGAUAAACAAAGGUCAAAUUCAGGCUUCCCACCUACCCAGUACUGGAUUCAGGUGUUAUGGCUAAAUGGAAGAGGCUGCACAUUCACAUUAACUGAUAGGACUUAGUGUGAGGUCAAAGAUAAGGUUAGCCUGAUGGCAGGCAGCACACGACACACAGACUCUGGGAGAAUGUGUCCUGCUUGGCACUGAGUGGGGAAUCAGCACAAAACUCACAAGGAAAGUGUGUAGAAAUUGCAAUGGGAAGAAUUUAGGACUGAGUGCAAAACUCAAGAAUCGCAAAACUCAUAGUGCGAAACUCUCAAGCCCCUUGUAGCUAAUUGCUAAUUCUUAAUAAACAAUAAGAAAUAUGAAAAUGUAAUCAAAUUUAUCAGCGAAAAAGUGACAUGCAAAUUAAUAUCAUGACUCGGAAGUACACCACAUUGAAUAAGGAGUACAGCAUCCAAGCAAGCACAAGUUUGAUGUGUGAUGUAACGGUGUGUGUGUGUGUGCCCUUAAUUAGUUCCAAAUUACGGAGUUUUGUUCAUUUUUGUCUUCUACUUGGACUGUUUUACCUAAGUACACUGGACAUCCUGGCAAGAUGUCAGAUUGAGGUUGUGGUUCGAUUAAAAUAUGUAACUGUGGGUUUGCAGCUCAGAGAACAAUGCACACAUGUCGAAUGGAUCAAUGACCAUUUUAGGGAAUUGAAAACUGUCCUGAAACUUUUGAAAUGUGUAUUUGAUGUUAAACUUUCGAAUCAUUGUUGUCAUUAAUGAAGAUGCUUGACAUGUUGUUUUGAUAAAAGUUUGAAUUUUAAAGAA